AGAAAGCAGCCCUAAUAUAUAUCCGAGGAGUUAAUCCCUAUACCCUAUACAUUAAUUAACCUCAACAUCGUUUUAGGGUUUUUUCUUUCAGCCGAACAUGGAUCAUUCGGAUGAUGAGAUAAUGUAUAUCGACUCGGAAGAGGAGAAUCUUCUCAGCGAUGAUGAAGAAAGAGAAUCUGAUGAAAACUACGACGGAUUAGCUGAUCAGGACGAUCACAUGAAACGAUCUAAGAAAAGUUACGUAGUUCUCAAGGAAGAAGACAUCCGCAAGCAUCAAAGAGACGAUAUCGAACGAGUUUCCACGGCUCUCUCUAUAAGCCAAGUCGAAGCGAUCGCUCUGCUUCUUCACUAUCAAUGGAGCGUUAGUAAAGUCGAAGAUGAAUGGUUUGCGGAUGAAGAGAAAACCCGUGAAACCGUUGGUAUACUGAAGGAGCCUGUCGUUGAUCUUAACGGUGAAAAAGAAAUUGAAUGUGGGAUUUGCUUCGAGUCAUACACUGGAGGGGAAAUCGAAAGGGUUUCUUGUGCUCAUCCUUAUUGCAUUACUUGCUGGACUGGUUACAUCACUACAAAAAUCGAAGACGGUUCGGGAUGUUUGAGAGUUGUAUGUCCUGAGCCUUCUUGUUCUGCUGCUGUUGGUCAAGACCUGAUCGAUAAGAUCGCUAAGAAAGAACAUAAGGAGAAGUAUUAUACGUAUUUUCUUAGGUCUUAUGUCGAAGAAGGGAAGAAGUUUAAAUGGUGUCCUUCACCGGGAUGCGAAUACGCGGUUGAUUUUGGUGGAAGUAGUACUAGUAAUUACGAUGUUUCUUGUUUGUGUUCGUUUAAGUUUUGCUGGGAUUGCUGUGAAGACGCUCAUAGUCCUGUGGAUUGUGAUACCGUGUCAAAGUGGUUACUAAAGAACAAGGAUGAGUCCGAGAACACGAACUGGAUACUUUCUAAGACAAAGCCUUGUCCUAAAUGCAAGCGUCCGAUCGAGAAGAACCAAGGAUGUAGCCAUAUGUCAUGCUCAGCUCCGUGUAGAUUUCAGUUUUGUUGGAUUUGCCUUAAACCAUGGAGCGGUCACGCGGCUUGCAAUAAGUUUAAAGGAGACAAUGAGGAUGAAACUAAGAGAAAAAGGGCUAAAGAAGCGAUCGAUAGAUACCACCAUUAUUUCGAAAGAUGGGAAUUCAAUCAAUCGUCUUGGCUGAAGGCUAUAAGUGAUCUGGAGAAAUGGCAAUCGGUGCAGCUUAAGGAGCUUAGUGCAAUAUUGGGCACACCAGAAACUCAGCUCCAAUUCACCGUAGAGGCAUGGCUUCAGAUCGUUGAAUGUAGGAGGGUCUUGAAAUGGACCUAUGCAUAUGGAUACUACCUACUUGAUCAUGAACCCGACAAACGACUUUUUUUCGAGUAUUUGCAAGGGGAGGCGGAAACUGGUUUGGAGAGACUUCAUCAUUGUGCAGAAGAGGAGUUGAAACAGUUUAUCGGUAGAACUGAAGUCCCACCGAAAAAAUUUACUGAGUUCCAAGUGAAAUUAAUUGGUUUGACUACAGUAACUAAAACCUACUUCGAAAAUCUGGUGAAAGCUUUGGAGAAUGGGCUUGCUGAUUUGGUAUAUAGUAAGACCAAACAAACAGAAGAAUCUGGUGGUAAAUCAAUAGAAGAAUCUGGUGGUUUGAACCUUUAUGACCAAAUGAUAUUCUCACAAUUCUCUGGUGACGAACAUUUAGAGGACUAGAGGACUAUAGUGACGUCGUUUGAGGGAAGCCUAUCAAAAGAUAUUAUAUGAAGCUCCAA